AUGCGGGGUUUGACGAGAGAUGAGAUAGUCAGAAUGAAGCAAAGGAGGAGAACACUGAAAAACAGGGGAUAUGCUGCCUCCUGCAGGAUCAAGAGGAUAGAACAGAAAGAUGAGCUGGAGACAGAGAAAAACCAGGAAUGGAGAGACAUGGAGUCGAUGAGAGAUGAUAUUGCACAUGCAAGGGAAGAAAUGGCUGGUAUCGAGCAAAGAUAUGAGGCCUUAAAACAAUUUGCAAUUAGAAAUAAGAUUCCCAUCCCUCCAGAGUUAGAUCAGUUAUAA